GCAGAGCAUAUCCACGGGUGCAAGGCAGGAAACAAGCGAGGAUGGGGCAGCAACCCAUUGCAGGGCGCACUCACACACCAUUCACUCACACACCAUUCACUCACACACCAUUCACUUACACACCAUGCACUCACACACCAUUCACUCACACACCAUUCACUCACACACCAUUCACUUACACACCAUGCACUCACACACCAUUCACUCACACACCAUUCACUCACACACCAUGCACUCACACACCAUUCACUCACACACCAUGCACUCACACACCAUUCACUCACACACCAUUCACUCACACACCAUGCACUCACACACCAUUCACUCACACACCAUUCACUUACACACCAUGCACUCACACACCAUUCACUCACACACCAUGCACUCACACACCAUUCACUCACACACCAUUCACUCACACACCAUGCACUCACACACCAUUCACUCACACACCAUUCACUCACACACCAUUCACUCACACACCAUGCACUCACACACCAUUCACUCACACACCAUGCACUCACACACCAUGCACUCACACACCAUUCACUCACACACCAUUCACUCACACACCAUGCACUCACACACCAUGCACUCACACACCAUGCACUCACACACCAUUCACUCACACACCAUGCACUCACACACCAUGCACUCACACACCAUUCACUCACACACCAUUCACUCACACACCAUGCACUCACACACCAUGCACUCACACACCAUUCACUCACACACCAUGCACUCACACACCAUGCACUCACACACCAUGCACUCACACACCAUUCACUCACACACCAUUCACUUACACACCAUGCACUCACACACCAUUCACUCACACACCAUUCACUCACACACCAUGCACUCACACACCAUGCACUCACACACCAUUCACUCACACACCAUGCACUCACACACCAUGCACUCACACACCAUGCACUCACACACACACUCUUAUGGCCAAUUAAGUAACUCCACUUAGCCUCAGCAUUUUUUGGACUGUGGGCAGAAACUGGAGGAAACCCCACAAUACAGGGAGAAAAUUUAAAUUCGACACAUAUCAAACCCUGGUAGCAACUCAAACCCAGGUUCCAGAGGUGUGAGGCAACAGUGCUAAUCACUGUACCAUCAUUCCACCCCUCAUUUGAAACAAAAAAAGUGGCUUCAUGAACUAUUGCCCAUGCAAACUAGUGCUUGACGUCCCAUGUAAUAUUCAGCUACAGCACGGUAAUUUGAAAAUCACCAGUUUACGUCUUCAGCUGACAGAAUAAACACUUUCCAAGUCAUCAGAGAAGCUGCCAGAACAGGCACUGAGACUGACAUGCAGAAUAACUAAUCCAAUGCUUUUUUUUAAAUAAUGAAUUGCAGGCGUUGUUGUACGGACAGUUACAACAGGGAUUAGUCAUGACCCUUUUUUGCUCACCUAGAAGCAACCAAGUACUUCAUCCAUCCAUCCAUUUUCCAAACCGCUUAUCCUAUUGGGUCGCGGGGGGUCCGGAGCCUAUCCCGGAAGCAAUGGGCACGAGGCAGGGAACAACCCAGGAUGGGGGGCCAGCCCAUCGCAGGGCACACUCACACACCAGUCACUCACACAUGCACACCUAUGGGCAAUUUAGCGACUCCAAUUAGCCUCAGCAUGUUUUUGGACUGUGGGGGGAAACCGGAGUACCCGGAGGAAACCCCACGACGACAUGGGGAGAACAUGCAAACUCCACACACAUGUGACCCAGGCGGAGACUCGAACCCGGGUCCCAGAGGUGUGAGGCAACAGUGUUAACCACCAGAAUUUUUGGUCAUCCUGGAACAACCCGUGUUUUAAUGUAUUUGAAGCAAUAUUUUUACAUUUUCAUUCUGAUUAAGUACUGGUAUAUCUGGCAUACUCAAACUUUUAUUUGAACUAGAUUUUAAGAAAGGAAGUUGCCUAUGGUUCCAUCAGUCCAGUCGAUCAAUCCUGUUUGCUACAAAUUGACAACUCUAUUACUUGGUGGAUUAAAUGUAUUGUGCACUGAUGUGAUUGUAUGUUGUCAUUGCAAAGUAGCCAGUUGGGAUUACUAAAUGCAGUUUUGUCUGUAUUGUUGAUCUCAAUAAUGCCUUAUCACUCAUAUGUAAAUGUGAUAGCUAACGGUCAUACUUAUGCACUUGUUUACCACUUCGAUUCAUUUUUGCGUAGGUGCACAGGACAAUAUUGACCAGGGUCCACCAGGUUUUAGCAACAAUUAGAAGACUGCUGUUUUCCCCUCAACAUUUACUGAUUAUAAUUUUUAAAGUUGGGGCAAAUUGUAUUUGUCAGAAGAGAGGGGGAGGGGUUGUGAAUUGGAAUACCUGUAAUGGUAACCAUGAGAGCUGCAAUAAUACCUUAGCAGUAUAUUUAAAUAUUCUUCUUUAAAAAAAAAAAAAUCAACUAAGGGAAAUUUUGAAAAGUUUUUUGCCAUGAACAAAUCAUAGCAUUUCUACUUGCCUUAUUCGGUAGAGGAAAACGUAACUUGACUUGUUGACUUGGCUACAUCUUCCUUGAAUUGUAAGACUGAAUACUGCACAAUACAAUUUUGUGAAUCUAAAGGGAAAUGUUUAGUUCUCCGGCCAGCCAAGCUGCUGAUUGACUGCAUUGCUUUUUGUUUAAAUGCCCUUGUGAAAUAGUCUCAGCUAGUGGUUUCUCAAAGCCAAGAACUCGUACAAUGUUACGGUCCAAAUUGUGUGGGGAAAGUUAUUUUCAAUGUAAAAUGUUUAAGGUAUACAUAAGACUGUUCUGUAAGGGAAAGUAAAAGUUGCAAUAAAAUGUGUGUUCUGAAA